CUAUCAUACUCCUUUCCACUUGAGGGUAUUCUCGCUUCGUUAUGUUAUAUUGUCUGCUAAUGUAUCAUGCUAUGAAACAGUAAUUCACUCUCACAUACCUCCACAUCCCCAAUUCUGAGAACUGCUGCAAGCCGCACCAGGUUGAAUUUUUUUGCACGCUUUUCCCUCUCCAAGGGAAAAUCUCAGCAUUCUAGAAAAUACUCCCAUGAGGAAGUGCUUCUUCCGACAUCGAACAAUCAAAUUCAUCCAGGCUCAGAGGCUCUACCUCCAUCCAUGGAAUUGAAUACCUCCGAGCUAGUCAAACCACCGCCGUCUAUCACUCUCACCCGUCCUAGUGACGACGAGCUUGAUUUUAAAGAAUACGAUGAUCUAUUUACCAAGCCACGGCAUAUGGUAAAGCCUACGACGGUCAUCGGAUCGAUGGGAACAUAUCCUCGCUCCUGCUUGCGCCACGUUUCCUCCUGUGAAACAAUGUCAAAUUCAAACGCCUCUCCUACUUCGAUUGCUUUGCUUGGCUCCAGGCCGAAGGUACCAGUUGAACCCGAUCAUGCAUCUGCGGUCGGUACGACUUCGGUAUCAUCUUUCAGUGCGUUGCCGUCUAGGGAGGAGCUGCGGCGGGGAGUUGGUGCUGAGGCAGAAUACAACUGUGAGAUGACCUCGAUAAAGUCAACGGUGUCUAUGCAAGCUUUUAAUGUUGCGCCUCGCUCACCGAUUUCUUCAAACCCGAUACGAGAUACGACGAAAUGGAAGAAUUCCAGAAUAAUAGUGUCAUCCAAGCCUCCAUCUAUUCCACUUCCUCCCACCCCGUCAACUAAUGACAUAUCGUUGCUUUCGGUAUCAGAUUUGCGACAGCACGUACAUACCAUUACUCCUAAUCGCUCCUCCUUAUCCCUGGAGCGCUCUUCUACCAAUAGCUCUUCAAGAAUUCAGGUACCUUUGACACAAGAUAUCUCUGCAAUGAAAGCUGUUGCAAAGCAGACAUCGGUUCUCAGAGAAUCCGCAGCUAGUACAGACGGAUGCUGCUGCAUCUCAUUGCCCCCUUUUCCCCCACUUGAAACACUGCACUGUGAUAUCGAAAAUGCUUCAACUGAAGAGCUCCGCAAGGCUCUCCGGUAUUGCAAUCAGAAAGUCGAAGAACUCUCUGUUUAUCUACUCCGAGUGGUAGAAAUGCAUGCCAUCGAAAAGGGAGCACGGGAGGGAAAUGGGGAUGAGCUGGAAAGAGAAUGUAUGGAGAUACCAUGGCUAGUGAAAACUACCCCCACGCAUGGUGAUCCGAGCGAUAAAAGUAACUUCCCCAUCUAGCUCUUUCUUGGAAAGGGAACGGAGUGAUCACUCACUUAUGCAACGCAGCAUACCCACUCCUUCAUUCUUGAGACUGAACAUUAACUAGCUUUCCUCAGAGUAGUGUUGCCGGAAGGGGGACUCAAGGUGCAAAUUUUGGAACUCUGCUAUCUAUGGAGAUCAAAGUCGAGGGUUUUCCAUGGGAUGCAAAUAUUGUGUGACAGUGUGAUGUCUCACAGGUGUGACUAUAUGCAUAUAUGUCCGUAGUAAAUAGUGUGUGUUCACACAAACCUCU